UGUUUUGCAGCUUUUUAUGCGAAUGAACAGCGUUGGAAAAGUGACUGAGGAUUCGUCGGCCGCCUAUAAAACAUAACCAUAAAUGUGGUAUUUUCGCAUCGAACACCACUGGUUUUCAUGGCUGCUCUACUUAUUCCACUCUAGACGUGGCAGUGGCAACGCGACAGUGACGUCUGAGCGUGAGUCAAGCAAGGCCGAAGCCCGGCAAAGUUUAGUUCGUUUAGCGGCAAGUGUCGAAAAACUGUGCCUUGCUUGACGCGGACCGGUGUAAUGAUAAUCGUCAUGUUUUUCAAUGGGCUGAGGGUGGGGAAAGGAUAAGGGGUGGAUUGGUGAACGUUAUUGAUUUUUCGGGGUGACACUGACAACUUGCCCGUCCAAUUUUUCCAUACUAUAAGAGACUUUGAAAAAAAAGCAAAAGCCCCGGUUCGGUAGCGUGCACAAUCCCAACGAGCAUUUCAGCCGUCUAAUUUCGUGGCCUGGAUUGUACGCUUUUUUUCCGGCAUUACGUUUUUCACGUGUCUCGUUCGUCGGUCGGUCGAUUGAUUCCACGCCGGUUGUGUGUUUAAGUGAUUUUGUGGUGAUUGCUUUGGAACCCGGUGGAAUGUGUCUUGCAAACCAAAAUCUCACUGGAAUAUUUAUUUGUGGGCAACGCCGGACGGCGACGCAGUAAAAAUGGAGGCUAUACCAACUAAAUGUUUACAACAGCGUCCUUGCCGGAGAUCUAAAAAGAAAACUAAGUGGUUUUGCUAAAGUUGCUGCCAUUGCUCCCUUACUGCAAAAGGCCAACGGCACAGCCGACGAAGUGCCAUCCGCAACAUUACAAAAGGCAACUCGACGAGACAUUUCCAGUCAUUCUUUGAUGAUUAGUGCAAGGGCAAGGUAUAUUUCGUUUAAAAUCCUGUGUCGAAAUGAAUGGCCAACGCCGUCGCGGUCCCGUUGCCAGAAAUCUGCCAGCAAUCCUGGAGGACCCGACCGCACCCUGGAAGGGUCCGCCUCCCGGUCCGGAGCCUCAGGGGUUCGCGGGGGGUGCUGGCGCCUUCGGAUCGGGUCCUCCCGCCGGAUUCCAAGGGCCCCAAUCGUUUCAAGCGGGCCCUCCGGCCGGAUCGGGGUCUCCAGCAUCCAGCAAUGCACCCCCCUAUCAAGGCGGCGGACCUCCUCCAGGCGCUUCCACACCCCAGUACAAUGCUUCGCCAGCCCCAUCUGGCAGCUCAACGCCCGGACCUCCUGGACAGCCCCAGAAUUCUGGCGGCUUUGCCCCUCCGCCAAACAACGCAGGUCCACCAUACAAUGGACCGGGACCUGGGGGUCCAUUUGGAUCACCCUCAGGUGGGCCGCCCCCAUUUGGACGACCUGGAUCGUCGGGGCCUCCAUUCGUGGGUCCGGGCGGUAACCCUCAUUUCCAUAACUUCGGGCCAGGGCCUGCAGGUUUUGGAAUGCCGCCUGGAUCGCCGUUUGGUCCAGGACCGGGACAUCCGAUGUCGGGACCUAUGGAACCCGCUCACGGCAUGAUGGGACGAGGAAUGGGCGGGCCAAUGCCUGUUGAGCAAGGGUCCCUGCCUGUUCCAAGAAGACAUACCCCUUAUUUUGGCCAACCUGACUACAGGAUAUACGAAUUAAAUAGGCGGUUGCAGCAGCGGACGGAGGUAAGAAUAGAAAGCGAUAACUUAUGGUGGGACGCAUUUGCAACCGAGUUCUUCGAAGAUGAUUCUUCCCUAACAUUAGCAUUUUGUUUAGAAGAUGGACCAAAACGAUAUACUAUCGGAAGAACGUUAAUACCUAGAUACUUUAGGAGUAUAUUUGAGGGAGGCGUGACUGAGUUAUAUUAUAAUUUGAAGCAUCCGAAAGAAUCCUUCCACAACACUAGUAUAACCCUGGAUUGUGACCAAUGCACUAUGGUUACGAAUCAUGGGAAACCUUUGUUCACCAAGGUGUGUACAGAAGGCCGAUUAAUUCUAGAAUUCACCUUCGACGAUCUGAUGAGGAUAAAAUCGUGGCAUUUUGCUGUGAGAAACCAUAGAGAACUGAUUCCUAGAUCUGUUGUCGGUAUGCACGCACAACAGGAUCCCGGUAUGUUGGAACAACUCAGUAAAAACAUCACGAGGCAGGGAAUUACCAAUUCUACACUGAAUUAUUUAAGGCUAUGUGUGAUACUUGAGCCAAUGCAAGAACUCAUGUCCAGGAAUAAAGCGUACGCCCUUAGUCCAAGAGAUUGUCUCAAAACGACAUUAUUUCAGAAAUGGCAACGGAUCAUCGCCCCGCCUGGUACGAGAGGUCGACCAGAAUCGCAGAGGCCGGCGAACAAGAGACGGAAACGGAAAGGCUCGAAUUCAGGUGGGGCAGCCAACAACGCAACGCCCGCCCCGAAUAAAAAGCGAUCACCAGGUCCGACUUUCUCUUUAGCUUCACAAGAUGUGAUGGUCGUUGGUGAGCCUUCCCUGAUGGGUGGUGAGUUUGGUGAUGAAGACGAACGAAUGAUCACCCGAUUGGAAAACUCGCAGUACGAUGCGGCAAACUCUCUCGACCACGACAACCAUGGGGGCGGCGGUUUCCACGGGGCCGACUCCCCCAUGGCCGGUUCAAACUCGUGGGGCACAGGGGCAGGAGGUUCGGGGCCUGGAGAUAGAGGCCCAUCUGGAGUGCCACCAGGCAGUUCGACGCCGCAAGGUGGCGACUCUACACAGGAUAAAAAAUCGCCGGCGGUGAGCCAGUGAUGACAAAGGUCGGGCACACCCAAACCGGGUGGCACCUUCGAACCUAGAAAUGACGACUCGAAAACUGCAGAAGUUGCGCUAGAUGCGGCAACUGGUGGCCCGUCUGAUCGUCCGACUUCAUUGGCAUUGCCGCCGGACACUCCAGAUGGACUUCCGUCGAUAGAAGGCAAUUCCCAGGAAAUGGGAGUAACCGGACUAUCUCGGUCUUACAUGCAUUGGCUGCAAUUGCAUCAACAGCUGCAGCAAGAACUUGCCAGGUUUUAUUUCGGGUAUCGGAUGAACUCAGAGUUGGGAGCGAAUCAAGGACCGCAGGACCUCAGCAAGAAAUCCAAGCGUUAAUAGUUCUUGUGUUGAAACGAAGAAACUAUUAUGUGCGCGAUUUGAUUUUGCGAAUACUUAAUGGCAGCUUAAAGUGAUGUGACAGUGAACAAUUAGAGUAACUUUAGUGACACUCAAUGGACACACUUUAAUGUGCAUUAAUGGUGAUAGAGAAAUAAUAAAAAGAUAAAAUAAUCUAACCUUUUGAUCUGUUGUUCUAUUUCAAUCUUCCAAGUGAUUUUGGAUCUUUCGAGUAGUUUGAUAUGUUUAGAUACCAAACUUUUAUUAUCAAUUGUGAUAUACCGAAGGGAACACCUCAAGAAAAUAGCAUAUUCUGUAUCAGCAAUGGAGCAAAGUUCUCCAAAUUUACGAUAUUUUUAUCAUUUGAUUCACAGCGUUUUAUUUUAGAUGUGUUCUAUAUGCUGGAUAUCGAGACUUGUACAGCAAUUUGCAAAAUUUUUACUUUAGCGUUUUUGCCUCAGAUUUCUUUACAUGUUUCAUUACGAGUUGAUGAAGAUGUUUCGAAUCGAAUACCAUAAAUUUGAGCCAAAUAACCGAAUAAAAGGUUUCGUGAGCAUUUGUAUUGUUGCAAUAAUGAUAUGUUUUAUAUAGGUGAUACGUAUCUUAUUUCUCACUCGGUUGAUUCAUCAUGAUCAUCAAGUUUGAUUUGACAACUUCCCUAAGCUUUCCAACUGCAGCCCACGCCAAGUCUAUUCUCCUGUUCAGCUCACAGGUUUGAAUAUCUCGGCCAAUCCUGAUCUCGUGUCCCAAAUAUUUAUGUGAGGAAACCUGCUGAAUAAUCCUACCGCAAACUGAGAUAUUCUCGCUCAUGACAAAGUUGGUCUUUUUUAAACCUUUAAACCAACUUCUUACACGCUUCAUGAAGGUUCUCCAACAUAAUAUGUGCCUGGUCAAUAUGUCAUCAGCGAACUUCAUGUGGCUCAACAGCUCUCCGUCGAUAUUUAUGCCCGUUUCUUCCCAGUUUACGCUUUUAAAGGCAUAUUCCAAUACGGUGGUAAACAGUUUCGGAGAUAUUGUGUCGCCCUGAGGAAUUCAUGUAACCUUACACGUGCCAUGAUCCACUUGUAUACGUUUUUCAACAGUCCGCCAGCGCUAGCAACAUUUUGUGUUGAUUUACGAAGUCGAAAGCCUUUGCAAACUCUAUGAAUACCAGGACAAGUAGCUUGUUAUACUCAAUGCAUGUUUCUAUUAGUGUCUUAAUAGUUUGAAGGUGGUCGUUUGUUCCAAACCCUGCUCCCGAGGCUGGUAUAAAUCUAAGUUAGGUAUCAGACGCUUAGCUAUAAUCUUCAUAAAGAGUUUGUACACAUGUGACAAUAAGCUUAUCGGUCUACAUAUAGUUGUCUAGUUUUGCGAUGUCUCCGUUUUUGUGCAUUAUGAUUAUUACAGCAUUAUCCCACUGGGAAGGUGUUGUGCCCUUCAGGAGACAUGGAUUGAAAAGCAGGCAUAUAUUUUUAAGCAAUUUGUUUCCUCCUGCCUCAAUAGGAUUAAUGCCAAUUCAUUUCUUUUAGCGACGCUCUUAUCUCAUCCAGGGUAAUAUCAGGAAUAUCCUCUGAACAUUGGUUUUGUACAUGAGGCAAGUUGUCAGGCGGAUUGCGUUCCUUUCCAUUGUAUAGCUCUGUAUAAAAGUCCCCAACCAACUUUAAAAUUUCUUUUUUAUUUAUACACCCGACUAGUUUGAUUAAUUUAGAUAAAAUAUCUAUCAGGCAAAUACUUUUUUUCAUAAUAUUAUCACAUGCGUAUGCAUAAUCGAAUAUAAUUUGCCUGGAUAACUAGGGAAUAAUAAAUAUGGUUUGAUCAAAUAUCUAUUGCUUGAGAGAUUCUCUGCUUGGAAUACUAUUUGCUAUCUAAACAAUACAAGCUUUCCCCAUACAUUAUCAAAAAUUUUACAUUUUCAGUUGCUUUCAGUUUAGAUUCACUAAAUGCCAAAAAGGUUGCACAAAUUAUAAACAUUUUUACACAUACUUUUUGUAUCUAUUGAUCAACUGAAUCAUUACAGAAACGCAUAAUGAUCAAUCACCGUCCAACCAUUAAAAUUCAAUAAAUGUUUUUAUCAACACUCUACUGACUGUUUUACUGAAAGAACUUACUGAGAAACUCACUGAAAGUUUUCAACAAACCUACUUUUAUUUAGUCAAUCGACGUAAUCGUUGAGUGAUAAUUAAAGCAAAUGCGUAAAUACCGGAUGGUCUAUUUAACUUGAGAGCCAUAUAUUUCGGGAACAGCAGUUAAUCAGAGUAAGCUGACAAAAUAAAGUUACACGUUUUUAAUUUUUAUCCCAUGUCAGAGCAGAAACAUUAAAAUUAAUGUAAAUCUUACAAGUCGCUUUACAAACGAUGACAUCGUUCUGAUCAAGUAUCAAAAGUUUUAUCUUAUAUAAACAUUUGAUACAAUUUGGCAUAUGAAAGAAUAACUUUUCCCGUUUUUUUUUUCGUAAAACCAAAAACAUUUCAUGAAGAUUAAAACUGCUGUAAAUUAUUAGAUUUCUUAAAUUUAAACCUACAAUUAGUCAUUUGCUUGAUGAAAUUAGGUCCUUUGAAACAGUCUUUUGGUAAUUGAAAUAGAACAACAAGAGUCAAAGCGGUUAGAUCUGUAUUUUGCACAAGGAGUGCAAUUUUAAAUAAGGGUUCCGUUAGGAACCACCCACCAUAGGUACCUCUAUUAAAAUGUGUAAAUGGAUUUUUAGAAGUUAAUUCUAGUUGGUAAAACCAUCUCCCAACUAGUUUGUUUGAGAAUAUACCAGUUGUGAGCUGCUUGUUGUACAUGUUUAUUAUGUUGCGAAUUAAAGUAGGUAAACUUUAAUUCGCAAUAUGGUAGUAGUAGUUUAGAAAAUUUCAUGAACUUUAAAUGACAGCUGUGUUUUAGAAACUUUAUAUUUUUGAAUAAAAUUUUAGUUUAGAAUAGUUUCUGAUUUUCCUGUAAGUUCCAUAAACAAAACUGAUAAAAUGCAUUUAUUUAAAAGAAAAGGUUGCAUUGAAUUCAUAGAAUUUUCUACACUAUAUGUUCUGAAGAUCAGUAGCAUCAUUCGGGCCUAAAGUGGGCCUUUAUUGGUCAACCCAGAAAAAGGAGCGCCAUGCAAAAUAUGACAGAAUACAUAUUCUUGUUAUGUAUUAUCAUUAAUUUAAUAAUUAUCAAGUUGUAUCUGGUUCAUUUCUAAUUAGAGCUGUAAUAUAAACAAAUUACUUUAAUUAUUGAUUAACUUUCAAAACUUAUUUAAUUUGAAUGGAUUUGAUUCGGUUCUGGAACUCUUUCCAUUUGAUUUGAGUACUUUCAAAUUACUAUUUGAUCUUGAUUAUUCUCAAUAGAAAACCAUGUUAAAACAAUUUUUACAGAUUUAUUACGAAAUGAUUCCGUAUUUUGCAAUGGCCAACUUGUGCUGGAUGUACUACUCUAGGAUGAAUUUUGUAUUAUAGUGAAAAUAUUUGUAUAACUCACGUUCAUAUUGUCCAUGAAAAAGUAUGAUGGUAAUGACUGUUAACGGACAUGCUAGUAUAAGAUGUACAUAUUUUCCGACAUUCCUUUUUCUAGAAUAAUUCUAGAAAAACGAACGUCUGUUUGAAUGUUUUUUGAUUUAUGUAAGAACAUGUUUUUACUGGAUAUUGGAAAACAGUAUUUGUCAUUUUUGCGUGGUAUUUGAAUAAAUUUAAUUUCUUUUGCAGUAUUUUCAAAUUUUGUUUGUGCCCCCAAACAGUUUAUCCAAUAUUCAAUUAGAGAUGUUCUUUGGAGACUGCAAUUUUUUCGAAUUUGGUGUCAGAAUGAACUUCUACUGUAAACGUAUUGAAAAUAAUAUAUAAUAUAUUCGAGACUGGUGUACAUUUCUCAAGUCUCUUCGAAAAACUAUGUAAGUGUAUUUUUACAUCUUUUUGUCGGUAGUUGUGUGCGUAACAUCUUGUUAUCGAGAUUUUUGUUAUUCAGUUGUUAGUUUUUUUGUAUCUGGAUGCAUUAUGAAAAUUCUUCCAUAUGGAAGAACAUUAGGAUAUUUAUUUCAUACUUUACAAUAGAACACUUACAAAUAA